CUGCUCGUUUAAGGUGAUACCAUGGCUUUGAAGGAAGAUAAGGAUGAUGAAUUUGUUCCAAAAGAAUCCAGAAAAUUAAUCAAGAAAGUGAAUCACGCGGGUGUGUUAUCUGUACCGACUUUAGGCCUAUCUUCUGGAGGUAUCAGUCUCUUGGGGAAUACCCGACCAUUCGUUGGCCGAUGCUGCUACAUCUGUGCUCCACAAAGCUGGGGCCUGCUUUUCCAUAAUUACUUACCCUUGCUGGGAUUUCGAAAUGCUAUUCUUGUGACUGAGAAGCAAACAAGGUACCGAGGGUGGCUGGCUCGACGUCUCUGCUACAUCCUGUUUCUUGCUGAACGCAAGGUUUACCCCGAUGUACAUCCUUUGCAACACACAAUCAUCGACAGUCCCAGAGUGCAGGAUGCUGUGAAGGAAAACAUAGCUGACACUACUGAGUCUGACCAGAAGUCACCUUGUAAUGUGGAGAACGUCAUUGGAAUCCUGCACCAAAUCCAGGCUAGCAUCUCGCCCCUCUUCCUCAGGUACGGGAUGAUGUUUUUUGACAAGGUGUACCUGUUGAUGAAACAGCGUUGCGCAGAUGCUCAAAACCUGCAUGAGAUUUGUUGA